AUGAUAAAUAUAGGUAAUCAAAUUUAAAAAAAAAUACAAAAUACAAAAUUUUAUGUGCAAUUAAUUCAUCUUGCUUUGAAAUGUUUGAAAAAUAAAAAUCUUAAGUUUUCCAAAGUUUUCACAAGAAUUUCAGUUAAAAUUAGUGUUUUUUUUAAACACUCGGUUUUCACUAUGAGAAGAUUGAAAGUAAGAACUCACCUGCCGGGCCACUCUGACGGAAAGCCCUGCAGCCCGCAACUGUGUCUGGUCCACGCCGCGGAGGUGGACAAGGUGACGGCCGGCAAGAGCGUCAAGAUGGCCACCCGGGUGUGGCAGAUGUCGCGGCCACCUCGCGGGUUCAGCACGCCACCGCCCGUGGUGACAGCUCGCCAGGUGCAGGUGACCAGAGCCCAGCUGACAGGCAAGCUGGACCCGGAGGAGGACUUCCCCCUGCGGUCCGUCAGCAGCAUCCUGGGCCAUGCCUUCACAGCCACCUGCAGCUCGCAAGAGGGCCUGGGCAUGUCCUCUGGCAGUCAGGCCACCGUGCUGUCGGUGACAGUGCACCAGCAUGUCCCCUCGCAUGACUAGACCAAGGCCCAGUACGCCAGCAUGCUGGACCCAAAGGACGACUUCCCCCUGCGGUCCGUCAGCAGCAUUCUGGGCCAUGCCUUCACAGCCACCUGCAGCUCGCAAGAGGGCCUGGGCAUGUCCUCUGGCAGUCAGGCCACCGUGCUGUCGGUGACGGUGCACCAGCAUGUCCCCUCGCAUGACUAGACCAAGGCCCAGUACGCCAGCAUGCUGGACCCAGAGGACGACUUCCCCCUGCGGUCCGUCAGCAGCAUUCUGGGCCAUGCCUUCACAGCCACCUGUAGCUCGCAAGAGGGCCUGGGCAUGUCCUCUGGCAGUCAGGCCACCGUGCUGUCGGUGACGGUGCACCAGCAUGUCCCCUCGCAUGACUAGACCAAGGCCCAGUACGCCAGCAUGCUGGACCCAGAGGACGACUUCCCCCUGCGGUCCGUCAGCAGCAUUCUGGGCCAUGCCUUCACAGCCACCUGCAGCUCGCAAGAGGGCCUGGGCAUGUCCUCUGGCAGUCAGGCCACCGUGCUGUCGGUGACGGUGCACCAGCAUGUCCCCUCGCAUGACUAGACCAAGGCCCAGUACGCCAGCAUGCUGGACCCAGAGGACGACUUCCCCCUGCGGUCCGUCAGCAGCAUUCUGGGCCAUGCCUUCACAGCCACCUGCAGCUCGCAAGAGGGCCUGGGCAUGUCCUCUGGCAGUCAGGCCACCGUGCUGUCGGUGAUGGUGCACCAGCAUGUCCCCUCGCAUGACUAGACCAAGGCCCAGUACGCCAGCAUGCUGGACCCAGAGGACGACUUCCCCCUGCGGUCCGUCAGCAGCAUUCUGGGCCAUGCCUUCACAGCCAGCUGCAGCUCGCAAGAGGGCCUGGGCAUGUCCUCUGGCACUCUGGCCACCAUGCCAUCGGCUGUUCAACAUGCUUCUGCCCCACUAGACCAUCCACGGUGAUGUUUCCAUCUCAGUGAAAACAAUAUUAAACCAUAAACUGGGUUCCCAGCAACACCGAUACGUUCCUUUUUGUUUUAACCCAUCUUAAAUCCUCAUUCAAGCCAGGUCAUCAAUUUGAUUUAGCAAAUAAAUUCUUAAAUUAGCAUAGAGAGAAGCUAACCAAUGCCAUAUUACAUUCAGAUAGUUUUAGAUCACAUCACUGUGUUAUCCUUUGUUAUUGGAAAUACGAAUUGGCCUAGGCAAACAGUUGAGUACACAUGGAUAAAUUUUCUGUUAAUCUUAAUAAUAAUUAAGCCCUCCGAUAUUUCAAAGUUUUAGUAAAAUUAAUUAAAUAUCUAACUAGAAUUGUAAUCUGUGUCCCAAAAUGGCUAAUCAUUUCAAUAAUAAACUUAAAUUUAUUUGUAUGGCUAAAAAUCUAUUGUUUUCAACACACCACGUGGCUUCUCUAUCUACACCAAAAAUGUCGUCAAAUUGGGCUCAGUAGUGUGGUAUUUGGGUUUAUAAAUAUAAAUGUUCUUACGCUUUAUAAUAUCAGAUUUUUCUAUUGUAUUAUUUAGUCAAUUUAUUAAUCGUGACACAUGCUGUAAUAAGUCAUAGAAUUUAUUACCUAGUUAUAUUUGUGUUAAGAAUUGUAGUUCAAAUAUCUAAGAAUAUAUGGGCACAAAAACUAAAGGAUACUAAUAUACGCAUUGUAUGUUUAUACCUAUUUUGUCAUAGACUAUUGAAUUCACAUAUUGAUCCUUCUUAAUGGUAAAUAGCUAUAUUACCAAACACACAAGAUAAUGAUAGUUAAUAACAGGAUCAUUUAAACAAGCAAAUUGUUCCAUUAUUACUAACACUCCAUCAAAGAAGAAUAAAAUUGCAUAACAUUAACAAGCAAGUCAAACAAUUCUAUGUUUAAUUUUUGAGUACCGUGUUUUCUCGUAUAAUCGUCGCACAUUUUAUUCUAAAAUCAAGUUUGAAAAGUAGGGGUGCGACCAUUGUGCGGAAAAAAAAUUUUUUUGUUAGGUAAAGUUAUUCAUAAAAACAAAACCCGUUCACGGAAAGUACGUUUAUUUAAAAAAAAAAGGCGGAGUAUACAAGAGCACGCCAAACAAUCUAUAUUAAUAAUUCCUUAAACAAAAACCUUUCUUCAACUUUAAAUAGAAAAACCAAAACACUAACGCGAACGCAAGCCACUUGAAUCUGACGUGAGUACACACUUGCCACGAAAGAAUGUGGGCUAUCAAAUGUAGUUAACUCAGCACCUGACAGAGAGCGCGCGUUGUAUGCACUCGGCGAGAUAUCAAUAUUCGACUACGUGCGCGCGCUCUAUACGGGAAGCAACAUAACCAAACAUGAAUGAUGCACUGGCUAAAUUUUUAUAAGCGGUACGCCACGGCAACACAGACAAUCAGAUAAAGGAAAUAACGUUUAAAAACGUCUUUAAAAUAAAAUUUACACGUCAAACAACUUUGUAUUUCCGUUAAUUAAAUAAAUAAGUGGUAAUGACCUAAAUUAAAUUUUAGAUUAUACCUACACCGCGGCGACGCAGACGAUCAGAUAAAGGAAAUAACGUUUAAAAACGUCUUUAUAAGAAAAUUUACACGUCAAACAACUUCGUAUUUUUUCUGUUAAUUUAUUAAGUGGUAAUGACCGAAUAAAUAUUAGAUUUAUAAUUUAAAAUACAUCGUUUUAUACGGAAAAGAUACCUACACAAAGCACUCGGCAUCUACUAGCGCGAACAAAAACAUCAUGCGACGUUUACGCGAGAAGUUUUUUUAUCCCAAUUUGACAGCCUAAAAUAUGGUUGCGACGAUUACGUGCGUGCGACCAUUGUGCGAUAAAACACGGUAACAUUAAAACAUUUUGGAAAGUAUUUAAUAAACAUGUUUUUUAAUUAUUCAGAACAAAUAAUGAGAUUGAAUUGUGAUGUGAUUGGAAUUGAAAUUGUACCUACUCAAUAUUCAACAUUAAUUGUUUAUCACUUAAGAUUUAAUUCCAUCUGUAAAGAAUCAUGACUCAUUUAAAUCUGGAGUUAGGGUGGACCCAGAUUACAAGGGCAAAUGUUUUCUAAUAUACAAAUAUAUUUCACGGUGACCAAUAGUUUGGAAAUUGUAGUAUCGCUUUAGCACAAUUUUAACUUUAUCAGUACAGAGAUUAUACAAUAUUUCUCCAGCUAGUUAGUUUAUCGGGGAGAAAAAGUAUUAAUCCUCAAGACUACUGGUAUGCUAGUGAGUUUUCAGCCAAAACUAUUUGUUAUUAACCUGAUAUUAAGUUCAAUUUUUAGAAGUUCUUGAAAAAUAAGGAUUAUUAAUUACUUAUACAUUCAUACUUUUAUUCACAUCUAAGCAAGAUAUCCUAUAUUCAGUAACAUUUGAGCUUCUAAAUUAUAUCUUCAUUAAUAAAGUCUAUGUACAUAAGCAUACAUUAGAAACAAACUUACAUACAUUAAGGUAGAUAUAUCAAUUCGAACCUAAAUAAAGUUAUUUGUAUAACUGCCCUAUAAGUUAUUCAUAUUUAAUUAUAAAUAAAAAUCAUGAUUAGUAUGA